GACAUUUCAAAUUUGAUCUGCGGGUGUGCCCUAAGGGUGUGCCCUGUGUUUUCCUCGUGUACUAGAUUAAAUAAUUAAAUUUGAUAUAUCGUUUUUAAAAGUGUUAAUACGUGCAACAUAUCGUAACUAAUAAAUGUGUACUUAUAAUCCACAAGGUUAUCAAGUAUUAAGAAUAUUACCCAAAUGCGAUUUGAGAAUUCAGCGUAGGUAGGUUAUGUCGUUAUGUUUUGCUUUUGCUAUGCCAUCCCUUAGAAAGAAGUUUACAAGUUAUAUCAGGCAAUUGAGUUUCCAUAAUGAGCCUAGGAACAAAAGAAACAACAUCAAUGAAAAUGCUUUUGUUACAAAAUAUCUACAAGGACAUAUUGCUCUACAUGAAGGUCCACAGAUAAUAUAUGGUAAGAAUCCCACUGAUUUGCCCAACUACGAACUAGGAAAAUAUGAGAGUGGAGCUGAUAGUAUAAUUGGCUGUUACUCAGGACCAAAUGGUGGCCUCACUACUGUUACACGAACUGAAAAACAUCUUUCAGUUUUGGCAGAUGACAUUGAUUUUAUCGAUACUCCUGAAGAGGAACCUGUAUCUCCACCAAAGCCAAAAAAAUCCCCAAUUCAGGUAAAAGGACAACCCAUAGACAAUACAACUAUGGUAAUAAAGGUUGCUGGACAUGAAUAUUGUGUUACCAACAAACCAAAGAGACAUAGUAAGAGUUUCAGUCUAGGUAGCAUAUCAGAUUUUGCUAUUGAAGUUGAAAAGACAAAAAUAGAUAAGGAAUUUUACCACUGUGAUAGUCAAAAGGAUGAAAAUUCGAAUGACAACUCAAUUUACCAAGAAAGUGAAACCAAAUGUGAUAGAAAUCAAUUUAAUGUAGAAUAUAGCGAUGGUUUGUCAAGUAAGAUUAAUGGUAAACAGUCAGACAUUGUUGGGAAUAACUUAACUAACAUCAACUUAACUAAGGAUGGAAGUGUUAGUUGUAAAACAGAAAUUCAGUCUAAUGAAAACAAAGAUGUUAGAAGUCAUAACAGAGCAAGUGUAAAAGAAGGAAAAAGUAGAAAAGCUGAUACUACAAAACCGACAACUCACAAAACUAACAAUAAUACAAAAAUUAAAGUUGAAUCGAAAGUUACAGAAAAACAUCCUGCAAAUAAGAACUAUGCUCUGUCAAAAUCUAAAAGCGAUGGGAAUCCAUUUCAUCAUAAGAAGAGGGGAAAGAUUAUUCAUAUGCAGCGGCCACAGAGUUAUAGGGAUGACGAUAUUACUGAAAAGAUUGGCUCAAAUGUCGAUGAUUCUGCAUUGCCUUCAGAAUGGAAUAUAAAGACCGAUUCUUUUUAUGGUUUGUCGGAUAGUUUGUACGAUCGCAAUCAAGUGACAAAAUCCAAAAAUGGUGAUCCAAUAGCGGACUGUUUUGGUCUUAUUGCUAGAAAUGAUUCCGCUAUAUUAGCAGUGGCGGAUGGCGUUAAUUGGGGUGAAAAGGCCAGUAUAGCAGCUAAGUCUGCAAUUCACGCUUCACUCCAUUAUCUCAAUAAAACAAUUUUUAAUGACACAAAACCAUUUGAAAAGCUCACUACCAAGACUGACGAUAUAUCCUCAACCAGCAGUACAAUAAACCCAGAUGUUAAUACUAGUUUGAUGAUGAACACUAGAGAAGUUUUUGUAUGUUUAUUAAGAGCUUUUAACUGUGCCCACGAUCUCAUUUUAGAAAAUAAGGGUAUGCUAACUACAUUAACUGUAGCAGUAAUUCUGCCAUUGAAACAAAAAAAAUCGUCAAGGACUGAGAAUGGUAUAAAAUUACACCACCAAGAAAAUUGCUAUGUUUGUUGUGUUUGUAAUGUUGGAGACACAUUAGCUUAUGUAUAUUCACAGAAAAAUGGAAUAAGAGAAUUGACAAAGGGUUCUCAUGAUGUUAAUAGUAAUCGCGAUAUGAGAGACGCUCUAGGUGCUUUAGGUCCUGUUGAUGGAAUAAAUCCUGAGUUAAGUAACUUAACAUUAUCUGUAACUACUAUAAAUAAAGGGGAUAUCAUAUUCGUCGCUAGUGAUGGUUUAACUGAUAAUUUUGAUCCAAAUGUAUGUAGGUUUACUGUAAAUUCUACGGUGGACCAAAGUAAAAAUAAGGUUAAAAGACCCAUGGCGCUUCAUCAGCAACAGGAUAGUUCAAGUACAAAUCAUCCAAGUCAUCAGAAUUCUCAUGAGUUGCAAAGUCAGGUUAGUCUCCCUACUCAGAGUAAAGGAGAUGAUAAAGUUCAAAAACCACCAGUCAAACCUCCAAGAAAAAGCAAAACGCGUGGCUCAAUAUCUAGUAUAACGCCAUCAGAAAGAUCUAGUUCUUCUAUAGAAAGUUCUAAGUUAGCCGUUAAUGUGCAAUCUGGUAAUGUAGUUGACCAAAAUGAUCGUUCCAUAAACACACAGGAAGGUCUAAUAAACACUACCUCAUUUGAUUUAGAGACUGAAAAUAAACCUGGCACUAGUUUAAUGUCUCACCAAGCCACCUCAGUAAAAGGAGAUUCUCUUCCUGACUCUAAACACUCAAAAUCGGAAUAUAAAAAGCCUCCAUCAGUUAUUGAAAAUAAAGCCAGUAGCCUCAGAAAACAAGUUUCUAGUCAAAGUAGAAAUGAUAGUGCAAGGAAAGUAACACCCCCAUCCAAUAGGAUACCAAAAACUUUAGAUAUAAAUAGAACAAAACAGGAGCCUGCCAGUUAUAAAUUUUUGAAAUCCAAAACAUCGUUAGAUUUACGAUCGUCCAAUCCGAAUAAAGUACAAAUUAUACGAAAUGAAGAUGGAAUACCUUAUGUAACCCCAAUUCAGCGAUAUGAAUUACAACUUUUGCUUAUGGAAGAUAUUUUGAAAAACGGGAUCUCAGGGCAUGACGCACCCAUCACGACUGCAAAAAAACUGUGCGAGAGUUUGGUUAGUUUUACCGUUAGUAUCACGUCCGCAAAAAGGCAUACGUUAGAAGAUCAGGAUAUGUAUUUUGAUAAUAGAAAUGGAGUGCUGGUGGAAGUUUCUUCCCAAGAAAAGAAACUUCGAAGAAAGCGAGGUCUAGAAAAAGUACAAUCCUUACCAGGAAAACUUGAUCAUGUCACUGUAGUGGCAUACAAUGUUGGGAAUUUUGCUUUAUAGUUCUCUAGUUGCAGUACAAUUUUUUUUAUUUAUUUUUGAGUGUCGCUCGACGCAGCGAUUAUAAGUUUUAAUUUUUUUGUUUCCAAAUAGUAUUUUUAUGGAGUUGCAUAUCUACAAACAAAUGGUUUAAAUAUACAUCUAGUUUUUUUUAAGAUUUUUAAUUCAAGCGCUUUAGAACUCUUAAUUUUCUUCAUAGAAUCCUCAUUAACACCAAAAAGUAUUUUUUAAUACUGGUAUAGUAUAAUUUUUCUCCUGUUAAUUAUAUAGAUAUGUACCAAACUUUGAGUAUUAUAGGAUUUUCCUCUUGGAAGUAUUUUUAAAUUGUAAGGAGAAUAUACCGAUCUGGUCAUCGAAACUGCGUGGUCUGGAUUUUAACGUAAGAACGUAUAAGAUAGUGAUGUAGACAGCUUAAAUGAAAAAUCAAAUGUAUUAAAGAGAUAAAAGUUAGGUUGAUACAUACCACACAAGUAAAUGUUUACGAAAAAUGUUGCAUCCAGAGUUUGAACUUUAUUUUUCACAAUUAGUUCAUUUUAUUACAGCUGUAAUAGAUUCAACCAACUGUUUUACAGAAAUGAGCAUUAUUGAAUAGCUUAUACCGGGUGCGUCUCAAAAGUGGCUCACCCCUAUAACUUCUCUAUUCUUUUAGAUAAAACAACGAUAUUUGGUAUGUUAGUAUGUGACAUAAAUUAGGAUUGAUUGACGUAUUCAAUUGUUUUCGGUCACUUCCGGUUUCCACGGAAAUGACUACAACUUUUGAUCUUUAAAUGGCACAGUGGGUAUUUUUUUUCUGUAUUUGAUAGAAAAUGACACUCUGAAUCAAAUGACAUAUCAUAUAUGUAUGUCCACUUUUGGCAUAUUUGCUCAAAAACAAAUCGAAUUUUCAAUUUCAAUAUAGAGUGCAUGACUGUUAAAAACACUUAUUUUUAAUCAAGGAGCCUUGGAAAAAUAGAUUUGAUCGUCUAAUGUUUUUAAUGUCUUGUUCUGGUCGGUUAAAAGAUGCCCAAAUCGUAUUUUUAAUCAUAUCUCAAUUUUUUCAAGUGGAACGAGGGUGGCUCAUUAGCAUAUUUGGAAAAGCAUUUUUUUACGAAUAAUUUGAUCCACACAUUUGGUAUUUCAAGUCAAAUUGUCGUUAUGAACUGCAUGUUACAAUUUCAAAUAAACCAUAUGUGAAAAUGUCAAAAGUUGACAUGAUAUAACUAAAAAAGUUCUCUGUCGUAUGUACAGACCACGAAAAUAAAGUGACCAGGGCUAGGAUAUUUAUACAGAGAUAAAUAUUUAUUCUUAGUAUGAGAUGGAUUUAGAAAUCUGGUUUUUAAAUAGCAGUGGAUUGAUUUAUCCUGAUUUGUUGAUUUGUUGAAUUUGAAUAGCUUUUCUAAGGAGUGUCUUAUUUUUCUUCAAAGUACCUUUAUAUUAUUUUUUUAUAUAAAAGGGAAUUAUAUUGAGGAAACCAUUUAUUUUAUAAUAAUAUUUUUGCAGCUUUACUAAUGAUUAUCAGAAAAGUAGGUUGCUAUAAUUUAUGUUUAAAUAAAUACAUGUAUUUAAUAUUUUUGGAACUAAGUUUUCAUGUUUUGAUGUUAUUUUCAUUUUGUGAUAUUUUACUUAAGAUAUAUUUUUUAAUUUUAUUUACCCUAAAUUAAUUUUCUAUUAUAAAAUUUUUAAUAAUGACCCAAAAAUUGGAAUUUAUACAUAUAAUAUUAAUGACUGCCAUAAUUCUGUACCAUUUUGUAGUAAUUGAGGAAAACAGAAAUUAAUAUUGUUUAAUUUUAAGUGCAAUAAAUAUUAAGUAUCACAUUUAUUUUAAAUAGAUCACACUUCAUCUAUUAGAUUUCUAUUUUUAUAAAUCAAAAAUAUUUUUUAUAUUCAUAUGAAUGUUAACUGUAUAUGUAAUGUGUUUUCUUGAUGGUAAGUUAAUCUUGUUCAAGUCUUGUAUUCCAUUGAUGUUUUUGUUAUUUUUUUCUUUAUUAAUUAAAUAAAUGACAUAAUAAU